UUCCAGGGGUGUACAGGAUCAGGCUCCUAACACCAUGGAUAUGGACACGCAGCCACAAGGACAGCAAGCAGCCGUGCUUGUAUUCCAGCCUCAGAAACCCUUGCAGCCGGAUAUGGGCCAUAACUCGUUGGCUAACUUCCAGAUCGAGAAAAAGAUUGGGCGGGGCCAGUUCAGUGAGGUGUACAGGGCAAGAUACCUGUUAGACAACACGUCGGUGGCCCUGAAGAAAGUUCAGAUAUUCGACUUGAUGGAUGCCAAAGCUCGGCAAGAUUGCAUCAAAGAGAUAGAUCUCCUUAAGCAAUUGAACCACCCCAACGUGAUAAAGUAUCAUGCAUCUUUUAUUGAGGACAAUGAGCUGAAUAUAGUCUUGGAGUUAGCAGAUGCUGGGGACCUUUCUCGAAUGAUCAAGCACUUUAAGAAGCAGAGGAGGCUUAUCCCAGAGAGGACAGUGUGGAAGUACUUUGUCCAGCUCUGCAGUGCUCUUGAACAUAUGCACUCCCGGAGAGUCAUGCAUAGAGACAUCAAGCCAGCCAACGUAUUCAUCACAGCUACUGGAGUAGUGAAACUAGGAGACUUGGGACUGGGGCGGUUCUUCAGCUCCAAAACAACUGCAGCUCACUCUCUUGUGGGGACCCCUUACUACAUGUCACCUGAGAGGAUACACGAAAAUGGCUACAACUUCAAAUCUGACAUCUGGUCACUAGGAUGCCUUCUGUAUGAGAUGGCAGCCUUACAGAGUCCCUUCUACGGGGAUAAGAUGAACCUCUACUCCCUUUGCAAGAAGAUAGAACAGUGUGACUACCCCCCUCUUCCUUCAGAUCACUACUCAGAAGAGCUGAGGAACCUGGUAGAUAUGUGCAUCAACCCUGAUCCGGAGAAGAGGCCAGACAUCACCUACGUCUAUGACAUUGCCAAACACAUGCAGAACAGGACACAGGGCAGCUAAGCCCAGAGUUACUAACCCCCCCCCCCCCCCAAAAUGCCUUGCAGAACUUGUCCUAACGUCCCCUCUCGCUUUUCAUUCUGGAUUUCGUAGAACAUCUUUUGGCUUUUCUUUAACAAAAAAAGAAAGAAAAAACUUGCUCUAAAGUUUUGCUUCUUGGAUUGAUUGGUCCAAGACACAUAUUUUAUUAUUGAGGUACAGUCCAUAAAACUAAUGGCUCAAGGGCUGAAUCCAAAUAUUCACCAAUCCAGAUAAUCAGAUUUUGGAUAUCUUUCAGUUUUUUCGACUUAGACAUUUGCCCUUUUUUAAAAAUCUUUUUUAUUUCUUCUGAUACAUCCACCUCACAGCUGUGAAUGCCACACUUGCCAUCAAUAUGUUUUUGACAGCCAUCAGUAUUGUACCAAGAAAGCAAAAGUAAGGCCCUCACACUCCGUCUCUACUCUUCGCUAUUCUAACAUCAGUUAUAACUUAACACCCAAAAUCUUCCUGCUCUGUUCUUUAUUCCUAAAAAAAACAUCUCUUCUACAGCGCAGUACCUUUUAAAUUAGAUAAAAGAGGACAAUUCAGUUUGACUUCAUUUGAUUAUUCAGUAAUCAUUAUUUUAGAAAUAAGUCCAUUCAGCUAAAUAUUGUUUAGUUCGGCCUUCAGUGUCACAUAGGGAAAAUUGAUAACAAAAGAAGAUCGAUGGAAACUUUUCUAAAGUUUGAGCUUAGAGGUUUUCACUUGGUGAGAAAACAGAGGGUUUGUGCUUAUUGAAUGUAUUUGGGGGAAAAAAAGGAAGGAUCUCAUAGAGUAGGUUGGAAAUGUGCUCGUUGGUGAACAUGGGCAAAUGUCUUCACCGCACUUUGAAUGUUAAUCAUCUGGCCUUCCUCAGAACGGUCCGGAGGCUCCGGAGUGUCUCCUUUUUUACAGCCGUGUUGACACGGAGGCUGUGAUAUAUCUCCCGUUUACCUGUGGACACUCAAAUGUUGCCUCCUUGGCUCAGCCACACUAAUUAUAGGCCUCUUCUUUAAAGUGAGAGGUUUCCUAGGAGAAUAGAAAAUCAUCAAAUGGUUAAAAAGUAAAAAGAGGAAAGCCUGUGAGUGCAUUUGGCCCAUCAGAAGGCACGUCUAACUUCAGACAGCGAUGCAGUGUAUGUGUCUUCAAAGGUAACAGACGAGGGAUAGGAAACCCUUUCCUUGUGUAGCCAUCCAUGCCCGGAUUGCACCUCCGUUUGCCCAAAGGCAGCCGGGCACUGGAGGAUUUCAGCUUGCCGUACGAGCCCCACUGAUCUCAGCCGUGGCGUCAGGUCUGAUGACUAUGGCGACGGAACCCGCUGAGUCAUAGCGGGCCGGGACUGUACAGAGCGCCACGAUUUCCGAGCUUCACAGGGGUGUUUGUUUUUAUGAGCUGGAGAACUUAAAAAAAAAAAGAAAAAUAGAAUGCACUCCUCAGUUUGAAUUCCUCGAGUGUUGAGGAUUUGGCUCGUGGGGCCCCCCUCUCCUCUGUGCUCCGGGCUGAUUCGCAGACACAGGUGUUUGCAGCACACACAGCCCAAGAUGAGGUCAAGAUGGAGAUUUUUAAAGCCAUAAUUAAAGAUUAAGAGAGGCACUGACAAUCACUGGCUCAUAUAAUUCUAAUGGUGCCCUUAUUAAAGGAAUGAGAAAAAAACACCCUAUAGCCUGUUUACUUUGCAUCUAAAACUGUCACAAUGUGUCGUACAAUGAUGGUCGUCACCAUGAAUUGCUAAUAACAGGUUUACAAAAAGUAGUGUUUCCGUUUUUGUUGGAAUGUGAUUACAUUUUGCUCCUGUACGGUGUCCUCUGACAGACUUUGAACAGUUUCUUCCCACGUUAGGGCUUCUUUUCCUUUUUAAAUUUAUUUUUCAUCAUCUGUGCGGAUGUUCUGGUAAUGCUCUCUAAACAAGAAUGUCCUUUGUAACCAACACAUUUCAGUAUUCUGGUGUUUCAUCUGGGGGCUGAUAAAGCACUUUUUAGUUGUUUUAGUUUUGAUUUGGUCCAGGAGGUCAUAAUUGGCACAGGGAAGAGAACAUUUAGAUCUCGACAUUAGAAUCCGGACACGGCCACUAAUAGUUUUACUAUUUAGCAUUUUGAAUUGAAGCACCUACAAAACCAAAGCAGCAUGUUUCUUAAAAGAAAACAGGCUGUACAUGAGGAGAAAUGGUUAUGUGUCCUGUUUACGUAAGAUUUUAAAAAUCAUUAUCCUUACCGAGGGGAUGUUUAAUACACACAGAGCUAAGUCACUUUAAGGAAUACGGCUAUUUCUUGAUGUUCGUCUGUUUGUACUGUAUGCUUUUCUGUGUCCCAGCCUUUUAGCUGUGCUUACUUUGCCUUUUUUUUUGUUUUUUGUUUUUUGCAUGCCGCUGAUGUUGGUAUUGAAGAGUCCAGUAAGGAAAAAUAUUAGCAGUUAAUAUUUAUUGUCUUGGUUUCUUUAGUUGCUUCCUCAGCAUUUCGUGUCAAGUGAAACGCCCAUAUCACAAACGGCUUGUAUGCAAACAAAAUGUAAUAAAGCUUUCAAACUUC